UUUUUUUCUUGAAAGCAAUAAUAACAUCGUGAUAACAAAUAUUAAUUUCAAUUAAUAUUUUAUAUAAAUUUUUGAGUAUUUUUAAAUAAUUUAACAUUUGUUUGAGUUUUUAAGUUAAAAUGGACGAUCUGCAGAACUAUAAAUUGCAAUUGCAGCAGGUUGAAGCUGCGUUGACGACCGACCCCACAAAUGAAGAGUUGAUGAAACUUAAAAUAGACCUUGAGGAAGUUAUCGAGCUCACCCGGGACCUGAUAAAGUCGCAGCAGCAGGAAAAAAAACAGUCCAAUGGCAUGGACCCGAAGGACCCGAUUUUGCUGGCUGUUUUGGCGAACAAAUGGAAACCUGGUGACGAGUGUAUGGCUCCCUGGAGCGAGGACGGAAAAUACUAUGAAGCGACAAUCGACGCAAUUAAUGAUGACGGACUGGUAAAUAUAACAUUUAAGGAAUAUAAAAACACAGAUGUUACCAUGUUGAAUCAAUUAAAGUCAGUUGCUAAAAGACCAGCAUCUGACUGGGCUGACCAGAAAUCCAAAAAAAGAAAAAUACAAGCAGCAGCGGCAGCUGGAGCGGAUCCGAACAAACAACGGGAAUAUUUAAAAAAGAGAAAGCAAAGAAAAUUGCAGCGUUUCAAGGAAUUAGAAGAGGAACGGGAACAGGAAAAAAAUAAAUGGCUGGCAUUUACAACUAAAUCGGCCAAAAAGGGAGUUGUUAAAAAAAGUAUAUUUGCAACGCCAGAAAAUGUUAACGGGCGAGUGGGAAUCGGAACUUGCGGAGUCAGCGGUAAAGAAAUGACUAAAUUUAGUAAUGGUGAAAAAUGGAGGCGUGGAGCUUAAUGGUAAAAAUCAAAUAUAUAUAUAUAUAUAUAUAAUAAACUUUGUAUAAUUUAUAUGAUUUAUCAUAUGCACUAUCAAUAGCAAUGGCAAUUGUAUAUACGGUAUAACAAUGAUAUAUCUAUACUGAAAAUUUGUUAUUACUGUUGUUAUUGUUGUUGCUGCUGUCAACAGUAAAUUAAUCCAUCAUUUUAUGUCGUAUCGACAAUACAAAUCAAUUCAUAUUACAAUAGAGGUUUGAAUGAAAUUGGUGGGAUUGUGUGAAAUUUUUUGUCUGAAUGGUCAAUAUUAAUGUAAUUGUGAAUAAAUUAAAAAAAAAUUA